AUGGCUCGAACACCAUACUCUCGAGUUCGCACAACUACAACAUUCAAGGGUGCUGGGUCCACAGUUGAUGCUUAUGGUGGGGCGUCGUCUUCUCAGUCUGUAUUGGAGCAAAGCCAACCUUCUGGAUCUAAACAAGGGGUCUUAAAACGCAGAUUUUCAGUCUUAGACAAUGACAUAGGAUCUGUUGGUCCUAUUCGUAGAAUUCGUCAAAAACCUAAUCUUCUAUCUUCAAGAGGCUUGAGCUCACCAGUAUACAGCACUACUUCUUCUAUUCGCGGGACUAGAAUAAGUUCUGAGGCUGCUCAAAAUCCAUCAUCUUCAAUAUGGAAGCCACUAUCAUUGGGUGAACCUAAGCAUAAAGCAUUGUCAGAAAAUGGGGACAAUGCUGUUCCUAGUACAAGUUUCUCUUCUGUUCCCUCAAAAUCCAGCAAGAUGGCUUCCAAAAUUCUGGAGCAGCUUGAUAAGUUGGUCUCUCCUAAAGAGAAAUCAUCUGAGACCAAUCUACAUACUGUGAGAGAUAAAUCGCCAACUAAGCUUUCACCAUCCAUGUUACGUGGUCAGGCUCUGAAAAGCCUGGAGGAUGUGGAUUCGUCAAAAUUUAUGGAUAAUGCCCAUAAUAAUAAGAGUAAUUCUAAGUUGAAUGUAUCAUUUGAUCGAUUGAUACCAGAUGCUCGAGACUUCACCUCUGAAAAUGAGGACAGGGUUAAAGAAAAUGGCCCAUCGAGAAUUAGAGCUCCUUGUGACAGUUCAGCUAUACUAAUGAAUGGUGAAGAUUCUACAACAGAAAAGAAGGAUAUUGUGCCAAAUGUUAAAACUGCAGUUUCUACUGCAUCAAAUGCUGUUGUUCAUCCUCCACAAAAGAAACGGGCAUUCAGGAUGAGUGCACAUGAGGAUUAUCUUGAGCUGGAUGAUGAUGACAAUUCUAAGGUGGAGACUUUCUCGACUGAGAAGAGCAGUAUUGCUACAGCAACUGUUACACUGGAGAAGCCUCCAGCUUUCUCUGAUGGGUCUGUGCUUGCUGAGAAUGGCACCAACACUAUUGGCUCUAGUGCAUUGUCAUUCAGCAAGAUGGUAUCUACCCAGCCAUCCUUUACAUAUGAUAAAGUUGCUCCACCAGAAGAAUCAAAUGCUGGUCCUUCAAUGUUUAACUUUGGGGGUAAAGUUGCUUCAAUGAAGGAUUCAGAUGCAGCUUCUCCUGUGUUUAACUAUGUCUCUAAGAGUGUUGACGAAGUUGCACAGCCACAGUUUGCUUUCACUUCGUCACCUGCAGUUGUUGAAUCUGUUGACGUAAAAUCUGGUGCCGUUUCAGUCCCCAAACCUGAAAGCUCAAGCAGUGUAUCUGCCGUUGUAGCUGCUGCAACAAAUUCUGUAUUCAAACCACUUGAAUCAGAUAAAGCUGCUAAUAAGAAUAAUGCUGGAGUCUCUUUUAGGAUACCUGAAACUGCUCCGUUCUCUGUAUCAUCAACCACAGGCAUAUUCUCCAAUGGCACCCCUUCCAAUAAUUCAAGCCUAAAUAAUGGGUCAACCCCUCCAUUUUCUCCCUCCGUUCCUUCAGCUUUUUUGACAAGUCCAAAUUCAUCAGGUAGCAUGACCCUCACUGCCAACACAAACAGUGGUAACAACAUCGCUAGUGUAACUGCAGUCACCACCGAGAGUUGCAAUGUUUCUAGCUCAGCUCCAGCACCUUCAUUUUCAUCUGUGCCUAAUUUCAAAGUUGAAUCCUCCACUGCUUCAACUGCAGUAACCACCAACAGUAGCAAUGUUCCUAGCUCAAAUCCAGCAACUUCAUUGCCGGCUGCGCCUAUUUUAUUUGAAUCCUCCACUGCUUCAAUUGCAGUUACACCAGUUCCAGUAAAUUCUUCCUUAGACUCUUUUGAAGGAAAGAACAAGGAAGACAAGGGCUUUGGUAAUCUAAGCAGCACCUCUUUUGCUGCCACAUCUGCUGCCAUUCCAAGCACAGGGAGUGGUAUGUUUGGAUUUGUUAGUGGUGGUGCUGCUACGACGUCUGCUGCUAACCAGUCCCUGGGUACUCGUUUUGGUGCUGGCAGUGGAUCUGUUCCUAUUUCCCAGCAGACUGGAAUUGCAUCAUCAGCUGCCUCACCAUCAUUCGGGUUGUCUGGAAGUACUGGACAGUUUGGCUCAACCUCUGCUCCUAAUCUGUUUAGUUCAGGAGCAAGUACUGGACUUGGUUCUUCUGCUCCCUCGUUGGAGGCCAACUCCAGUAGCAGUACUGCUCCUGGCAUAUUUGGUUCCAAUUGGCAAUCCCCUAAGUCUCCUGCAUUUGCUUCCACAACAUCUUUGUCAGCUGGGUUGUCGUGUGGAGCAUCCUUGGCUACUUCUGCACCUACUGUAUUUGGAGGGUCCUCGACUGCUGCUACUACUAGUAACACGCCUUUUGUCUUUGGAGGAUCCUCAACUGCCGCUGCUACUACAAACAGCGCACCUAUAUUGUUUGGAGCUUCCGCAGUUUCUUCUACAAAUGCCAAUGGGGCAUCUAUGAUGUUUGGAUCAUCCAAUGGUGCAUCCUCAACUUCGAUGUUCCCAUUCACUUCAUCUGCAGCUAGUACUGCCCCAUCACAGCCUGCAUUUGGGAACCCAAAUCCUGCUUUUCCAUUUGGUUCCUCGGGUAAUAAUGAUCAAAUGAACUUUGUAGACAGCAUGGCUGAAGACACUAAUCAGGCAUCUACGCCUACAGUCCCAGUAUUUGGUCAGCAGCCUGUGUUUGGUCAACAGCCUGUGUUUGGUCAACAGCCUGUUUCAAACCCACAGUCUGGCUAUGUAUUUGGAUCUGCACCUGCAGUCCCAGCGGCGAAUCCCUUCCAAUUUUCAAGUCAACAGAAUCUAGCCAACCCACAGAACCCUUCACCAUUUCAGGCUUCGGGUAGUUUGGGAGCAAGUCAAGGGGGCAGCUUCUCAUUGGGCACUGGUGGUGACAAGUCUAACCGAAGAAUAGUGAAGGUUAAACACAACAGGCAGCGGAAGAAGUAA